AUGGCUACCCGUCUAGGCCCCCGCCCCACCGGCUUCACCCUCUCCACGAGGGACAUGCACCUCAUCACCAACCCUUUUCCCAGUUAUGAGGUUGCCUUCAUCCACCUCAACCUCGCGACCACGCUGACUGUGGUGACCGUACGCGACCCCGCCCUCUCCGUCAUCCCGUGGGAGUCGGAGCCGCUGUGCGCCCUGCUCGCCGAGUUCCGGCGGCUGCGGUUCCACCACCCACGGGCCAAACCCCUGUACGGCGUCAUCUACGCCGGCGACUGGAUGCGACUCUACCGGGAGCGCAUUGUAACUCCAGAUUGCCAGUCAUUCGAGCCGAAUGACUUCUAUGUGCAGCUCGCCCCCGGGCGGGACACGCUGCAUCGGAUUCAUGACGCCGAGCUGCUGUUCCGGUGGUUGCGGACGAUUCCGCGGAAUGAAACGAAGCUGGUUGGUAUUCCUGACAGUGAGUAG